GGGGUGGCGAGCGCCGGCCGGGUCACUGCAGCCCGCAAGUUGGUGGGGGACUGGCGACCGCUGCAGCAAAAGUUGUGCCUCGUGAAUAAAUCAGUUACCAACUAACCAAUUGCAGCCAUGGAAUAAGGCUGCAGGAUCAUCCUACCCCCUACGUCGUGCUAUGAACUAUACCAGUGUAAAAGUGUAUUUUUGUUAUAGUUUUUUUGUCACUGUGAAUAAAGCGACAUAAUGGCAGACAGUGAAGGGUCUUCCGAACAAGAUGAUGUUUCGUUCCUCCGUACGGAGGACAUGGUGUGCCUGUCCUGCACGGCCACCGGCGAGAGAGUAUGUCUGGCUGCUGAAGGCUUCGGCAACCGGACCUGCUUCCUUGAAAACAUUGCAGAUAAGAAUAACCCGCCGGACCUCUCCCAAGGCGUCUUCGUGAUCGAACAGGCGCUGUCGGUCAGGGCUCUUCAGGAACUCGUCACAGCGGCGGCCAAUGAAGAGGAGAAUGCGGGCGUUGGCAAAGGCACAGGUUCGGGUCACAGGACGCUGCUCUAUGGCAAUGCCGUCCUCCUCAGGCACCAGAACUCCAACAUGUACCUGGCCUGCCUCUCCACCAGCUCUUCCAAGGACAAACUGGCCUUCGACGUGGGUCUGCAGGAACACUCCAAGGGAGAGUCUUGCUGGUGGACCAUCCACCCGGCCAGCAAGCAGAGGUCUGAGGGCGAGAAGGUUCGAGUCGGCGACGACCUCAUCCUUGUGUCUGUUGCCACCGAGCGAUAUCUGCAAGCAACACGCGAAGACGAACAGAGCAUCGUGAACGCCUCCUUCCACGUCACCCACUGGUCCGUCGCGCCCUUUGGCACCGGCCUCUCCAGACUCAAGUUUGUGGCCUGUGUGUUCGGCGGAGAGGUUCUUCGGUUCUUCCACGGAGGCGACGAGUGUCUCUCUAUUCCUUCCACGUGGUCCGACCAACCCGGGCAGAACAUCGUAGUAUAUGAAGGUGGCUCCGUGACCUCCCAAGCCAGGUCCCUCUGGCGCCUGGAACUCGCCCGCACCAAGUGGUCUGGCGGCUACAUCAACUGGUUCCACCCCAUGCGAAUCAGGCACAUCACCACCGGCAGAUACCUGGGCAUAAAUGAGAACAAUGACCUCGUCCUCUUGCACAGGGACGAAGCCACACUCGCCGCCACGUCCUUCUACCUGCGUGAGGAAAAGGACGACAACAAAGUGAUCCUCGAGGACAAGGACUUGGAGGUGAUUGGCACUCCACUCAUCAAGUACGGCGACUCCACUGUCAUUGUGCAGCACGUGGAUACCGGUCUGUGGCUCUCGUACAGGGCCUUCGAGAUCAAGAAAAAGGGCGUGGGCAAGGUCGAAGUGAAGCAGGGCACACUCCACGAAGAAGGUAAGAUGGACGACGGCCUGGUCUUCUACAGGAGCCAAGAGGAGGAGUCCCGCACUGCCCGCGUUAUCAGGAAGUGCUCGCACCUCUUCACGAUCUUUAUCAAGGGUUUGGAUAACAUUCAGGCUUCUCGCCGUCACUCCAUCCUCCUAAGAACUGUCAACCUCAAGGAAAUGAUCAGCUGUUUGGAAGAUCUCAUCAACUACUUCGCAUAUCCCGAAGAAGAUCUAGAACACGAGGAACGCCAGGUGGCUCUCCGUGCUCUCAGGAACCGCCAGGACCUGUUCCAAGAGGAGGGCAUCCUGAACCUUAUCUUAGACGCCAUCGACAAGAUCACAGUCAUCACCUCCCAGGGCUACAUGGUGGCUCUGGCGGGAGAGGAAGCUGGCCAGGACUGGGAGAUCAUCUCGGGAUACCUGUACCAGCUGCUGGCGGCGGUGAUUAAGGGUAACCAUACCAACUGCUCCCAGUUCGCCAACAGCCACCGCCUCAACUGGCUGUUCUCCCGCUUGGGCUCCGCUGGCGAGGGCACCGGCAUGCUGGAUGUGUUGCACUGCGUCCUCAUCGACUCCCCGGAGGCUCUCAAUGUCAUGAAGGAAGAACAUAUCAAGGUCAUCAUCGCCCUGUUAGAGAAGUACGGCCGCGACCCCAAGGUACUGGACGUCCUCUGCUCUCUGUGCGUGGGUAACGGAACCGCUGUCAGGUCUUCGCAGAAUAACAUCUGUGAUUACCUGCUCCCGGGUCGCAAUCUCCUGCUUCAGACACAACUCGUUGACCACGUGUCCAGCGCCCGCCCCAACAUCUUCGUGGGCCACGUCGAGGGCUCGGCCAUGUACCAGAGGUGGUACUACGAGCUCACCCUGGACCACAUCGAGCAGGUGUCGCAUCUGUCGCCCCACCUGCGCCUCGGCUGGGCCAACACCAAGGGCUACGUCAGCUAUCCCGGAGGAGGCGAGAAGUGGGGAGGCAAUGGCGUAGGCGACGACCUCUACUCCUUCGGUUUCGACGGCUCGUACCUCUGGACCGGCGGGAGGUACACCCUGGUCAAUCCUCAGGUACUUCAGGAGGACGGCGAGUUAAACGACUCGGAGCCCUUAAUCAAGAAAGGUGACGUGGUCGGCUGUGCCCUAGAUCUCACUGUGCCAAUCAUUACCUUUUACCUGAAUGGACGGCAGGUUAAUGGCGCUUUCACUGGCUUUAAUCUUGACGGCAUGUUUUUCCCCGUCGUUUCGGCUUCUUCCAAGCUCAGCGUGAGGUUCUUGCUGGGCGGUGAACACGGUCGCCUCAAGUACCCCCCUCCUGAUGGACACUCUCCCGUCUCCGAGUGCCUUCAGCCCUUCCAGACGCUGUCGAUCGACCCCUGCUUCUACUUCGGCGAUCAGCACAAGGGCACUCUCGCUGGGCCUCUCCUUGUGGAAGACGACAAGGUGUUUGUGCCGAAGCCUGUCGACACUUCAACGAUCCAACUCCCCGGCUACAUCGAACAAGUACGAGACAAACUGGCCGAGAACAUUCACGAGAUGUGGGCCAUGAACAAGAUUGAACAGGGCUGGACUUAUUCUGAGCGCAGGGAUGACCUCCGCCUCCAUCACCCUUGCCUCACGUCCUUCGAGAAGCUUCCGAUAAGCGAGAAGCGAUAUGAUUCCACGCUGGCUCUGCAGACACUCAAGACCGUGCUGGCGCUGGGAUACCACAUCACCCUGGACAAGCCGCCCAGCCGAAUCCGAUCUGUCCGACUGCCCAACGACCCCUUCCUGCAGAGCAACGGUUACAAGCCGCAGCCUCUCGAUCUGUCACAGGUCAGCCUAACCCCGAAACUGGAAGAGUUGGUCGACCAGCUGGCCGAGAACACCCACAACAUCUGGGCUCGCGAACGCAUCCUUCAGGACUGGACUUACGGCCUGAACGAGGACCCUGACAUGCGCCGUUCGCCUCACCUGGUCAGCUACGCGAACGUGGACGAGGCGAUCAAGAAAGCCAACAGGGACACCGCCUCCGAGACCAUCAGGACGCUCCUGGUCUACGGCUACAUCCUGGAGCCUCCUACGGGCGAUCAGGCAGAAGGCGCAGGCGACACGGAAGACACCAGCCGACGCGCCAGCCAGCACCGCACGUACCGCCUGGAGAAGACCAACGCGGUGACGUCGGGCAAGUGGUACUUCGAGCUGGAGGUGCUGACGUCAGGGCCCAUGCGAGUCGGCUGGCUGGAGGUCGGAAGCCCGCCCGGCGCCGAGCUCGGGUCCGACGACAAGUCCUGGGCCUUCGACGGGUUCCAUCACUUGAAACACCAUAAUGCCAUAUCGGAGGCAUAUGGCCACCGUAUCCAGGCCGGCGAUGUGGUGGGAGUCAUGCUGGACCUGCAUGACAGAACCAUCAGUUUCUCGCUCAACGGAGAGCUCAUGAUGGACGCGAGCGGCUCCGAGACGGCCUUCUGCGACGUGCAGGGCGACGCGUUCGUGCCGGCCUGCACCCUCGGCGUCGGCCAGAAGGCGCACUUUGUCUUCGGCCAGGACAUCAACCAGCUCAAGUUCUUCACUACUUACGGCCUCCAGGAGAGCUACGAGCCCUUCUGCGUGAACAUGGAGCGCCCUGUGACUUUCUGGUACACGAAGGACCAGCCCAUCUUCGAGAACAACGACGACCUCGCCGAGACCACCAUCGACGUCACCCGCAUCCCCGCCGGUUCCGACACUCCUCCGUGCCUCAAGAUCGCGUCCAAGAUGUUCGAGCAGUGCGAGAAGGCCAACUGGGAGUUCCUGAGGCUGUCGCUGCCCGUAGUGUGCGACCAGGAGUUCAUCGAUGAGGAAGAGAAGGCCAGGCGAUGGCAGGAGGUGAGGAUCCGGCAGAACAGGAUCCAGAGCGGGGACAUUCAGGGCCCCGCCGCCUUCGAGAGCUCCCUCGUCGAUACCGGCUUUUCUAUGUCCGAUAUCAAAGAACUGCAUUACAAUGAGGAAGGUGUAGAGGCCGAUGAAGGAAUCGUGCGCAAGGAAGCAGCUGUCACCCCUGAGAAGGCCGCCUCCCUGACGCCCGAGGUAAACGGCGUGCCGGAGGAGGGCGCCCCCGAGCCCGCUGAGAGGAAGAAGCGGGGCAAGUCUCCCUUCAGGUUCUUCAGCAAGAAGCGCGAGGCGAGUGCUGAGCGAGGUCGGAGCAAGGGACGCACCCCUGAGCCGACCUCCAACAGCCUAGAGCCCCCGCGCCCCACUAAGAAGACUCGUUCUCCCUCCGUCAGGCUAGCGCAAGGCGAGGCCAAGCUCGUCCCGCCAGCUAUCCCGGAGAGACAGGGCGCGAGCGACGAGGCGCGCGAGGAGCAGCUCUUCGACUCCGGCUGCCUCAAGCUCAUGAACGAGUACUUCUAUGGCGUGAGGAUCUUCCCCGGCCAGGACCCGGCGCACGUGUACAUCGGCUGGGUCACGACGCAGUACCACAUCCACGACACCGCCUUCGACCAGAACAAGGUGCGCUCGGUCAUCGUGCAGGAGUACACGGAGGAGGGCCACAUCAAGAGCGCUGUGGAGCGACACAGCUGCUACAUGUUCCGCGCCGACGAGCUCCACGCGGAGGUGUCCUCAGACGUGGGCGGCAAGGGCACGUCGCAGGGCAUGUUCAUCGGGUGCUUCAUCGACACCUCCACGGGCUUUAUCACCCUGCAGUGCGACGGCAAGGAUACCCGCCACAAGUACCGCAUGGAGCCUGGUACCAAGCUCUUCCCCGGCGUGUUCCUGGAGCCUACCAGCAAGGAGGUGCUGCAGAUCGAGCUGGGACGCACAGCUACCACGCUCCCUCUCAGCGCCGCUGUCCUCCAGAACAGCGAGAAGCACGUCACUCCUCAGAUGCCGCCGCGCCUCAGGGUCCAGAUUCUGAAGCCCCACCAGUGGUCUCGUCCCAACACGUCCCUGAGGAUCCACGCCCUCAAGCUCUCAGACAUCCGUGGCUGGUCCAUGCUGGCUGAGGACUCGGUGCCCAUGCUCGCCCUCCACAUCCCCGAGGAGGACCGGUGCAUCGACAUCCUCGAACUCAUCGAGUACGACAAAUUACUUGCCUUCCACACGCAGACGUUAGCCCUAUAUUGCGCUGUGUGCUAUCAGAGCAACUAUAGGGCCGCCCAUACGCUGUGUUCUCACGUGGAUCAGAGGCAGCUGCUGUACGCCAUGCAGAGCGAGUACAUGUCGGGCCCGCUCAGGAUGGGCUUCUACAACCUCGUCAUUUCUCUGCAUCUGGAGAGUUUCGCUUCUACGAUGGAGGUGACCCAGAACGAGUUUAUCGUGCCACUGAGCAGCGAGCUGAAGGAGAUCUACCAGGAGGAGGGCAUGGGCAAUUCCAUGUCAGCCACACACACCGAAUCCGUCCGACCUGUCAUGACCAUGUCAGAUAUUUCUGCCAACAUCGAGACGAUCAAAGGCCUCUCAUCACCCUACUUCCCGCUCGACGUCGCCCGCGAGUUCGUCAUGACUUCUCUCAACGAAGCCGUCAACACGAACCAGGUGCACAACAGGGACCCCAUCGGCGGCUCCAACGAGAAUCUCUUCGUGCCGCUGCUGAAGCUGGUGGACAAGCUCCUUUUGGUGGGCGUUCUUCAGGACGAGGACAUCACGAAGCUCCUCAUCAUGAUCGACCCUCAGACGUGGGACGGAGAGUUCGACCCCGAGGGCAAAGAUGAAAACAGGAAGGGUAUCGUACAAAUGGAGAUCGCCGAGGGAGUAAAGUUGCAAUUGUGCUACGUCUUGCAUCAUCUUCUGGACUUGCAGAAGCGCCAUCGCGUUGAAAACAUCAUCGCAUUCGCGCAGGAUUACGUUGGCGAUAUCCAACAAGACCAGCUGCGGCGCUAUAUCGAGAUCAAGCAGUCUGACCUUCCUUCGUCGGUCGCGGCCAAGAAGACGCGAGAGUUCCGCUGUCCCCCUCGUGAGCAGAUGAACGCCAUCCUCGGCUUCAAGACGCUCACUGACGAAGAGCUCGAGGAGUCGCCUUGUCGAGAGGAGCUGAGGAAUGUCCUCGUUGACUUCCACGACCUCCUGAUGGUCAAGGCCAAGAUCCCUGGCGGAGAGGAGGAAGAAGGAGAUGCUGAGGAAUCACCGGAACCCGAUUCGAAGGGCAUGAUGUCGAAGGUCCUUGCCAUCCUCAGCGGGAACAAGGAGGAAGCUCCAGAACCCCCGGCCAAGGAACCCAUUGCCCUCGACAGCGCCGACAAGUUCAAGAAGGUCCUGGUGAACACGAUCGUUCGCUGGGCAUGCGAAACCUUCAUCGAAAACCCUAUUCUUAUCAGGGAGAUGUUCAGCCUGUUACUGCGACAGUAUAACAGCAUCGGGGAGCUGAUGACGGCCCUAGAGAAGACCUACGUCAUCAGCAGCAACACCAAGAAGGACGUGGAGACACUGUGGCUGUGCCUGAGCAAAGUGCGAGCUCUCCUGCCUGUCCAGAUGUCGCAGGAGGAGGAGGAGCUCAUGAGGGAGUUGCUGUGGACGCUCGUGAACAACCACAUCUUCUUCCAACACCCCGACCUCAUCCGCAUCCUCCGAGUUCACGAGAACGUCAUGGCUGUCAUGAUGAACACCCUCGGACGCCGCGCUCAGGCCCAGAACGAGACGCAGGCCGUCGAGGGCGAGGCCGCGCAAGCCAAGGAGAAGGACACCUCGCACGAGAUGGUGGUCGCCUGCUGCAAGUUCCUUUGUUACUUCUGCCGGACGAGUCGCCAGAACCAGAAGGCCAUGUUCGACCACCUGCCCUUCCUGCUGGAUAACUCGAACAUCCUGCUCUCGAGGCCCUCCCUGCGCGGCACGACUCCGCUCGACGUGGCCUACUCCUCGCUCAUGGACAACACCGAGCUGGCUCUGGCUCUCAGAGAGCAUCACCUGGAGAAGAUCGCCGUCUACCUGUCCAGGUGUGGUCUCCAGAGCAACAGCGACCUUGUGGAGCGCGGGUACCCAGAUCUCGGUUGGGAUCCCGUGGAGGGCGAACGCUAUCUCGACUUCCUUCGCUUCUGCGUGUGGGUCGGAGGCGAGAGUGUGGAGGAAAACGCCAACUUGGUCAUCCGUCUGCUGAUCCGCCGCCCGGAGUGCCUGGGUCCCGCACUCAGGGGUGAGGGCGAAGGCCUCCUCUGUGCUAUCAUCGACGCUAAUAAGAUGUCCGAGCGCAUCGCCCUUCAGCGCUUGGGAGCCGAGGCCGAGGGCGUCGUGCCCAUCGAGCACCCAAUGCCCGCAGGAGACGACGACGAGGACUACGUGGACACCGGCGCCGCCAUUCUCAACUUCUACUGCACCCUGGUCGACCUCAUGGGCCGCUGUGCCCCAGAAGCCAACGUCAUCGCCCAGGGCAAGAAUGACAGCCUUCGUGCCCGGGCUAUUCUCCGCUCCCUCGUGCCCCUGGAGGACCUGCAGGGCGUUCUGUCGCUGCGAUUUUCGCUGUCCAACUCCUCCGAUGAAGGCAGGAGCGACAUGCCCCCCGGUCUCAUCCCCGCCCAUAAGCAGAGCAUCGUGCUCUUCCUCGAGCGUGUCUACAGCAUGGACAACAAGGACCUCUUCUUCAGCCUCCUCGAAGACGCUUUCCUGCCUGACCUGAGGGCCGCCACAGCACUCGAUAAGUCCGACGGCUCCGAGUCCGAGAUGGGUCUCGCCCUCAACCGCUACAUCGGAAACUCUAUCCUGCCGGCGCUCAUCUCGCACUCCAGCUUCUACGCCGAGGCUGAGGCCCACGCGCCCCUGCUGGAUGCCACGCUCCACACCGUCUAUAGGCUCUCCAAGUGCAAGAUCCUGACGAAGGGCCAGCGAGAGGCCGUGUCCGACUUCCUGGUGGCUCUGACCCGCGAGAUGCAGCCGGCCGCACUCCUGCCGCUCCUCCGCAAGCUGACCAUUGACGUCUCCAAGUUGUCGGAGUACACCACCGUCGCCCUCAGGCUGCUGACCCUGCACUACGAGCGCUGCGGAAAGUACUACGGCUCCUCCUCCAACACCCCCGGCACCGCCUCCGAGGAAGAGAAGCGCCUGACCAUGAUGCUCUUCACCAACAUCUUCGACUCCCUGGCCAAGAUGGAGUACGACCCAGACCUGUUCGGCAAGGCUCUGCCAUGCCUCUCAGCCAUCGGUUGUGCUUUGCCCCCCGACUACUCGCUCACCCAUGGCUACGACGACGAGCUCUACAACACUGCCUCCUGCGCCGAGGGACCGUACAAGCCCGCGCCCAUCAGCACGGAUGAGGUGCAGUUGGACCAGGACAUCGUGGAUCUGAUCAACAAGUUCAGCGAGCACUACCACGACGCUUGGGCCUCACGCAAGCUGGAGAGCGGCUGGACCUAUGGUGAAGCCUACUCCACUGAGGACAAGAUGCAUCCCAGACUCAAGCCUUAUUCUAUGCUGUCGGAUUACGAGCGGGAACGAUACCGCGAGCCUGUGAGGGAAGCCAUCAAGGCCCUUCUUGCCCUCAGCUGGAACAUCGAGUACGAGAGCAUGGAGAACACGAGCGCCGGCCGAGAGCAGCUGCACCGCCAGGACACCUCCGAUCUGUACAACUACAACCCACAACCUGUGGACAUGACCAACCUGACGCUGUCCAGGGAGAUGCAGAACAUGGCCGAGCGCCUGGCCGAGAACGCGCACGACAUCUGGGCCAGGAGGAAGGUCGAGGAGCUGGAGGCUUGCGGUGGCGGCCUGCACCCUCAGAUGGUGCCAUACGACAUGCUGACCGAGAAGGAGAAGCGAAAGGACCGUUUCCGCUCCAUCGAGCUGCUCAAAUACCUUCAGUUCAUGGGCUACAGGCUCAGCAGGAGCGGCGCCAUUGAGGACAGCGGUGCAGGAGGCGCAGGAGCCGUCGAGCGUCGCUUCGCCUACAGUCUGCUCGAGAAGCUGCUGCAGUACCUGGACUGCGCAGCCAUCAACAUGAAGCUGCUGAAGCCCUCUGCUAAUCUCUCCAGGCGAAGCUCCUUCAAGACUUCGACUAAGGAUGUCAAAUUCUUCUCGAAGGUCGUGCUCCCGCUGAUGGAGAAAUACUUCAGCACCAACCGCAAUUACUUCCUGACGGUGGCACAGACGUCGACUAUGGUGGGUGCGGCGUCUCUGAAGGAGAAGGAGAUGGUCGCUUCCCUCUUCUGCAAACUUGCUAAUCUCAUGCGUCUCAAGAUGGUCUGCUUCGGUUCUGAUACAAAGGUUACGGUGAAGUGCCUGCAGGUGAUAGUGCGUUCCGUCGACGCCAAGACGCUGGCCAAGAGUCUCCCCGAGUUCAUUCGCACGUCGAUGCUCACUUUCUUCAACAACGCAGCCGUCGAUCUGGAGAUGUGCAUUCACUGUCUUCAGGAGGGUAAAUACGCCUACAUUCGAGGUACUCACUUGAAGACUUCGGCAUCUCUCAACUACGUGCAGACAGUUCUUCUGCCGGUGCUCACCUCGCUGUUCGAUCACACGGCAGCCUGCGAGUUCGGGCAAGAUCUCCUAUUGGACGAGAUCCAAGUGGCUUGCUACAAGAUCCUAGCGGCGCUUUACCAGCUGGGCACCGACCUCUCUCUAGAUGGCAACAGGACCUUCAUGAAGAAGGAACUGGACCGACAUCGUCCGGCCAUCGGCAACUGCCUCGGGGCCUUCGCUGGAACGUUCCCCGUGGCCUUCCUGGAGCCACUCAUGAACAAGAACAACCCCUGGAGCAUUCACAACCGCAUUGCCGAUCAGUCCCUGGAGGCUCAAGAAAUCAUCGUGAAGAUGGAGACAGCCAUGCCGACCCUGGAAGCCGUCAUGAAGGAAGUAGAGAAGUUCGUAGACGACGAAUCCAAACACACCGAGUUCCCUUACAUCAUCGACGUCAUCCUGCCCAUGCUGUGCUCCUACCUGCCCUUCUGGUGGAAUCAGGGACCGGAUAACGUGAAUCCAUCUGAGGGCAACCACGUGUCGAUGGUGACGUGUGAGCACAUGAACCAGCUCCUGCGGCUGGUGCUGCGUCUCAUCAUGUUCAACGUGGGUGUGGAGAACGCCCCCUGGAUGACCCGCAUCGCCGGCUACACCCAGCAGAUCAUCAUCAACUCCAGCGAGGAACUGCUCAAGGACGCUUACCUUCCCCUGGCCGAGAGGGUCCACAAGCGAACGGAAUACAUGUACAGCAAGGAGGAGAAUCUCAGGAGCUUCCUCAAGUCCACCACCGAAGAUACAAGUCAGGUCGAGAGCCAACUUCAAGAGGAAUGGCAACUGCUCACGAGGGACAUAUAUGCCUUCUAUCCUCUGCUUAUCAAGUACGUCGACCAGCAGAGGAACCACUGGCUCAAGCACGGUGUCCCAGAGGCUGAGGAUGUGUACAACCGUGUCUCACAGAUCUUCCACAUCUGGUCAAACUCACAGUACUUCCGACGAGAGGAGACGAACUUUAUCAGCCAGAACGAGAUCGACAACAUGACCCUGAUCAUGCCCACGGCCUCCUCCCGCAACCGCAGCGCCGUUCUGCCCGAGGCGGCGGCUGGAGGCGGCAAGGUAAAGAAGAAGAAGAGGCGCGCCGACGGCAAGAAGAUGAGCAAGGAGAAGGAACUCGCGUCCUCUCUCAUGGUAGCUUGUCUGAAGCGUCUCCUGCCAGUGGGUCUCAACCUCUUCGCAGGUCGAGAACAGGAGCUCGUGCAACACUGCAAAGAGAAGUUCCUUGCGAAAGUACCUGAAUCCGAGAUCUUGGUGUUCGCCAAGACUCAGCUGACGUUGCCCGACAAGAUCGACCCGUCUGACGCCAUGAAUUGGCAGCACACGUUAUACUCGCGCCUCGGAGGCGGCCGCGUCCCGAGGGAAGACGACGAAGAGAAGAAGCUGGUCCCGACCGUAGACGAGACCGUCGAUAACAUCGUCGCCAUGGCUAAGGUCCUCUACGGCCUUCAUAUUGCCUGCACUCCCCCCGUCUCCCGCUCGGGCUGGCGGAAGCUGCUGUCCUUCGCGAGGAAGCGCGCAGCCAUCGCCUGCCUGCGAUCAGUGCCCUUCUAUAACGUGCGCAGGCAUCGCGCCGUCAAUCUGUUCCUCCGAACGUACCGAGAGUACUGGCUCUCGGACGAAAACGUGGGGCAGGAGGUCGUCAUCGAGGAUCUGACGCAAUCCUUCGAGGAGGCCGAAAGCAAGAAGAAGGAAGCGGAGGAGGACGACGGCAAGCCCGAUCAGCUGACGCAGCUUGUCACGACCUUCAGCAGGAAAGCGACGACCGAGCACACUGGCGUCUUGGCCGAGGACCCGCUCUAUAUGACUUACGCCGAUAUCAUGGCUAAGUCAUGCGGUGAAGAAGAAGAGGAAGGAGAAGAAGAAGGAGGGGGAGAGGAAGAAGGAGGCAAUGAGGACCCAGCAGCUGCUCUUAAUGAACAAGAGUUGGAGAAACAGAAACUGCUGUUCCACCAGGCGAGACUGUCCAACAGAGGCGUCAGCGAGAUGGUGUUGCUGCACGUCUCUGCCGCCAGAGGUCAGCCUAGCGAUAUGGUCAUGAACACGCUUAAGUUGGGCAUCUCCAUUCUGCGCGGCGGCAACGUGGAUGUCCAAGCGGCUAUGCUGAACUACCUGAAGGAGAAGAAAGACGCUGCGUUCUUCCUGUCCAUCGCCGGUCUCAUGAACUCCUGCUCCGUGCUAGACCUGGACGCCUUCGAGCGCAACACGAAGGCAGAGGGCCUGGGCGUGGGCGCCGACGGGUGCGCGGGCGAGAAGAACAUGCACGACGCCGAGUUCACCUGCGCCCUCUUCCGUUUCAUCCAACUCACCUGUGAAGGCCACAACCUCGACUGGCAGAACUACCUGAGGACACAGGCAGGAAACACCACGACGGUGAACGUGAUCAACUGUACUGUCGACUACCUGCUGCGCCUUCAGGAGUCUAUCAUGGACUUCUACUGGCAUUACUCGUCCAAGGAAAUCAUUGACCCUGCCGGCAAGGCCAACUUCUUCAAAGCCAUUGGUGUUGCUAGCCAGGUGUUCAACACCCUGACUGAGGUGAUUCAGGGCCCGUGCGUGGGCAACCAGCAGACGCUGGCGCACUCCCGUCUUUGGGACGCCGUCGGCGGCUUCCUCUUCCUGUUCGCCAACAUGCAGGAUAAGCUCAGCAAGCAUUCCUCCCAGGUGGAUCUGCUAAAGGAUCUGCUCAACCUCCAGAAGGACAUGGUCAUCAUGAUGCUCUCUAUGCUUGAGGGUAACGUGGUUAAUGGUACCAUUGGCAAGCAGAUGGUGGACACCUUAGUGGAGAGCGCUUCUAAUGUCGAGCUGAUUCUGAGGUACUUCGAUAUGUUCCUUAAACUGAGGGACCUCACGAGCUCGACCACCUUCCAGGAACUCGACACCAACAAAGAUGGCACUGUCACGCCCAUCGAGUUCAAGGAGAAGAUGGAACAGCAGAAGAACUACACCACCGAGGAGAUCAACUUCCUCCUGAUGUGCUGCGACACGAACCACGACGGCAAGAUCGACUACGUGGAGUUCACCGAGCGCUUCCACAACCCAGCCAAGGAAAUCGGCUUCAACUUGGCCGUGCUGCUGACCAACCUGUCCGAACACAUGCCCAACGAACCCCGACUCGCGCGCUUCCUUGAGACUGCCGGCUCUGUCCUGAACUACUUCGAGCCCUUCCUGGGUCGAAUCGAGAUCAUGGGCAGCUCGAAGCGCAUCGAACGCGUGUACUUCGAGAUCAAGGAGGAGAACAUCGACCAGUGGGAGAAACCUCAGAUCAAGGACUCGAAGCGCAGUUUCUUCUACGCCAUCGUCACUGAGGGAGACAAGGAGAAGCUGGAGGCCUUCGUUAACUUCUGCGAGGACGCCAUCUUUGAGAUGCAGCACGCCACCGCCCUGAUGGAAGAGGAAGACGAUGCCAUGUCCAAGAAAUCGAACGCGGACGGCCUCAAGUACCUCAGUGAAGACGAAGAAGAAAAGACCGGCAUGGACCUGAUCAAGUCGAAGAUCGGAGGCGUGAAGGACCAGAUGCUCGAGGGUCUCUCGGUCUUCGCUCCUUCCAACCUCAAGAAGAAGAUCAAGGAAAUCAAGCAGAUGUCGGCCACCGAACUCGCAGUUGGCUUCUGUCGCCUCUUGUUCCUCAUCAUGUACCACAGCGCGUUUGGAGUGUUCUACGUGUUACGCAAUAUAUGGCAGGCUCUCAUGGGUCUCAUGCAAGGACCUCCUGCUGAAAAGGCUGAAGAAAAGGAAGAAAAGGCAGGACCGUUAGUACCGUUAGCAGUACCGGCGUUACCUGAGAUACCAGAAGGAGACGCUGCGCCGCCCACUGAAGAAGGCAAAAAACCGGAAGGCGAACAAUUAUCCCUGGAGGCCGCGGAUUUGACGCAAGAGGAGAAGGUGAAGCCCAUCUUAGACGCCCUGGCUGAUCUCAAGGAGGACAUCACUGCCGAAGAGGCGAUCUCGGCUGCCAAAGCAGUGGAAGGAGAUGUUCCAGAGACCGACACAUUGGCCGAGAAGAAGGAAGUGGAGACCGCACAGGCCGCCGCCAUGGAAGAGGCAGAGGUGGUGGAAAGUUCCGCCGCUGCAGACCCUCCGCCCGUGGCUCAGGUCGAUCUCAGUGGCUACAACAAGCGAGCCGUCAGUUUCCUGGCCAGGAACUUCUACAACCUGAAGUACGCUGCUCUGGUGCUUGCCUUCUGCAUCAACUUCAUCCUUCUGUUCUUCAAGGCUACCGUAGUCGAAAUCGAGGAGGAGGAAGGCGAAGACACGGACGUCAACAACCCGUUCGCCUUCGGAUCCGGAGACCUCCUGGGAUCCGGCGACGAAGCGAUUCUCGGGGACGACGCGGCGGAAGAACUCGGCUCGGGCAACUUCACCCUCGGAGAAGACGACGACGAAGACGAGGAAGAAGAAGAGGAAGAGGAAUGGAUCCACAUGGACGACCGCUACUUCUACCUGUCCCACAUCUUGAGGAUGCUGACCACCACUCACUCCACUGUCGCGCUCUGCAUGUUGCUCGCUUACUACCAUCUCAAGAUCCCGCUGGUGAUCUUCAAGCGCGAGAAGGACGUGGCCCGACGACUGGAGUUCGACGGCAUCUACGUGGCCGAGCAGCCCGAGGACGACGACAUCAAGGCCCACUGGGACAAGUUGGUCAUCUCGGCAAAGAGCUUCCCCAACAACUACUGGGACAAGUUUGUGAAGAAGAAGGUCCGUGAGAAGUACAGCGAGACCUAUGACUUCGACGCCAUCUCGAACCUCUUAGGAAUGGAGACGACCAUGUCCUUUAAGCAAGAGGAAGUAGCCACCGGCAUCAUCGGAUAUCUCUCUUCGGUCGACUGGAAGUACCAGAUCUGGAAGGCAGGCGUCACCAUCACUGACAAUCAAUUCUUGUACAACCUUUGGUACCUGACCUUCUCCUUGCUGGGCAACAUCAAUUACUUCUUCUUCGCUGCUCACUUGCUCGACGUGGCUGUGUCCAUCCCGUCACUGAAGACGAUCUUGCAGUCCGUCACACACAACGGCAAACAGCUCAUCCUCACCUGCAUGUUGCUGACGAUUAUCGUGUACUGCUACACUGUCAUCGCCUUCAACUUCUUCAGGAAAUUCUACGUGUCAGAAGAGGAUGAUGUUGUUGACCAGAAGUGCCACGACAUGUUGACGUGCUUCGUGUUCCACUUGUACAAGGGCGUGCGCGCUGGUGGUGGUAUUGGUGAUGAGAUCGAGGCUCCUGACGGCGACGAGUACGAGUUCUACCGCAUUGUAUUCGACAUCACCUUCUUCUUCUUCAUCAUUGUCAUCCUGCUGGCUAUCAUUCAGGGUUUGAUCAUUGACGCCUUCGGUGAGUUGAGAGACCAGCUGGAGUCGGUGAAGGAGAACCUGGAGAGCAACUGCUUCAUCUGCGGCAUAGGCAACGACUAUUUCGACGCGGUGCCGCAUGGCUUCGAUAUGCACACGCAGAAGGAGCACAACUUAGCUAAUUACAUGUUCUUCUUGAUGCAUUUGAUCAACAAAGAUGAGACGGAGUACACGGGUCAGGAGACGUACGUCUGGAACAUGUAUCAAGAGAGGUGCUGGGACUUCUUCCCCGUCGGCGACUGCUUCAGGAAGCAGUACGAGGAGGAACUCUCUGGCGGAGCGUCUGCCAGUUGAGCUUAGACAGCCACUCAGCUCUUGUAGUAGUUAGGAUUUGUUUUAUUUGUUCGGGAAGAGCGAUCAAAUGUGGGUUGUGCUAGGUAUUUUUUAUAAACGUGUAUUAGAACCAGGACAAGCUGUUAGAAGGAAGCUUUGUUAUAUUGGCAAUUCAAAAACCACAUUUGAUAUUAGACUGUAGCUGAGAGAACAUCAAAAGAUAUUUAUACAGUAUAUAAAAUUGUUGGUGUUAGCGAGAAAACAAAAAUUGAGAAAGAAACUCGACGGUGAUGUGGGCUGCCAUGCGUGAGGCUUGUGCUUGGCUAUCUCUCUUGCUCGAUACUGGGCCGAAAUCUUCCACAUUGGCUCUUGAUUUUAAGCCUCACUCAUGGUCGUCCAGAUAAGUUGUUGUAAAUCCUUGUUUUUUUGGAAAUCGUGCGAUGUAUUUAUUUAUUUAUUAUUUCGUGACUUAUUUUUGAGGGGUAGAUAUGUAUUGAAAAGAAUGGGAAAUUUACAAGAUUACUGUCAGCGCCACUGUAUAUAGAACCGCUGGUUUUAUGUACAUUCCGCAAAGUUAUUGUUAACAUAGAUAUACUAGGAAAAUUAUAUGAAUUUAGACUUAUUGAAUUCUAUGAUGUUAAAGCAUGGGAAACUACAAGCACGUGUUAGCUUGGUGAACUAGAAGUACAUUGGAUAUGUGGAUGAUUCAGAGAGUACAUUUUUUAUUUCCUUGAAUCAAAUUGAACGAAUGCAUUGCCGUUAGUUAAAACUCUGUGUACAGUGGUGAACUCCUCCAUAUGGUUCAAGGAAAACGACUUAUUUUGUUAUUAUGUUCACAAGUAAGUAGUUCACUUUUGAAAGUGGUGUCUCUACUUUAGGGAGAGUUUUAGAAGUAGUUGUGGACGUGUGUGCGUGUGGGUGUGGGGUUACAUGUUGCUCUCCCCCCCACCCCCACGGACUUGGGCUCACCCCCAUCGGCUGUCCCCCACCAGCCAGGAAGAGGCGACCCCCCCUCCCCCUCCUCAUCAGUGCCCCCACCCAAUACCGCACACAUCUUCAUCACAAUGUCCGUUAUUUGUCGCAGAAAUUGUAAGAUAAUCCUUUCAUGAGGCCUUAGUAGUGAGUACUAAGUACUAUGAUGAGUACUAUGGAGUCUGUGUUAAUACUGAGCUUUGUGUUUCAUCGAGUCUAGUCAGUGUUGUUUUAGGUGUAAUGGAUAACUCUCGUCUAAGAUGAUGAUUGUGCUCUUGAGAAUCUUUUGUUGUUGAUAAAUAAUGCACAUGUUGUUAUGCAAUCAGAAUUCAGGCAGCGGGACCUUUGCUUCCUCCCCAAAGCCGACGGUGUACACUUUCCGUGCGCGAGAAGCCAGUGCUUGAUGAUCCUGACACGCAUAUCAAAUAUUAUGAGUAACAAAAUAGGUGAGGUGAUCAUGGGCGGCAAAAAAAUUAGAAGAGGUAAAAUGGAAGCCCACCACCUCACUCGCAAACUGGCUAGGAAUCUUCCUUGUUCCCUCCCGGCUCCCAGGACCUUCCUCCCCUGCCUUCGUUGCCUCAGAUAUCUUGUAAACUGCGCCCGCGACCCGCAAGCCCCCUUACCACCACCUUCCCCCUCCCCGGGUGUCGGAGGAACCUCCGGUUUCGCGUUACGGGUUCUCUGAGAAGCCCGUACCCCGCGCGAAGGAGAAUUCAUGAGUCCUUUCCUUCCUCUUCCUUCGAGUCAUGAAACUUCGAAGCAUGACCCCUCAUGACCAUGCAGGCACAACGCAUGAACUUUUUUUUUUUUUUUUUGGUGUCGAUCUUUGGAACCAGGUUACUCAGCCUCGUUCUUUUGGAACAGUUUCUUGUGAUUUUCUGUAACCAGGCAUUACUCCAGCCUUUCGAUACAUUAAUCACACAGUUCAGAGGAGGCUGAGUACCUGGGUGUCCUCCGAAGGUAGUCACGACUGUAACGUGAUGAAACAGGUCGACCUGACCCCUGACCUUACCGAUGCAGUCAAUCUCCGAGUCUGUGAAACCUCCGAACCCGGGAUGGGAUUGCUAUGCAUUGUAGGCAUCGAGUAUUCGAUUGAAUUUUUACAUAGUUUUACUCUUUAGUUAAUAAAUAUCACAACUGAUA